CAUUGCCUCGUUACCCUGGUAUCCGCCAUGGCUACACUACAGCUUGCAUCCUGGGCUACCAAUCUAACAUAUAGCAGCCUCACCAGCAGUGUGCUUGCAGCUGCUAACAAAUCCUUCUUCAACUGGGCUGGAUGCGCAAUCGGCGGCUUUCCUUUCCAGGCUGCACCGCAGAUUGCACUCAACACCACACUCUCUGCGUUCUCAGGGCCGCCAACGUCUUCGAUUCUGGGCGCGAACGAUUCCAUCUCACGAGUUCUUGGGGAUGCUCAAACUGCUGCUCUGAUAAACGGCAUCGCCAGCCAUGUCGAUGAUUACGAUGAUACGCAUCUUGAAACUAUCAUCCAUCCUGCCGGGCCCGUUGCAAGUGCUCUCUUAGCAGUAGCCGAAGCGCAUGGACCUAUCACUGGCCAUGAUUUCAUUACUGCAUUUGUGGCAGGUGUAGAGGCGGAAUGUAAGUUGGGGCUAUCUGUCUCUCCAGAGCACUACGAUGUGGGAUGGCACAUUACUUCCACAACAGGAUCCGUUGGCGCAGCCGUCGGCGUAAGCAAACUUCUCGGAUUGAACAUUACGCAUACGCAACACGCUAUCGGAAUUGCUGCUACCCAAGUGGUAGGAAUGCAAGUGUAUUUCGGCUCGGACACCAAAUCUUUUCAUGUUGGCCGCGCCGCACAAGGCGGUAUUCUAGCUGCUCUGCUCGCAAAGAAUGGCUACACUUCUUCUCUCGAAGCCCUCGAAGCCAAAUAUGGAUGGCUUCAUGUUACACUAUCAAAGAGUCUUUCAAUCGAAGACGUCGAUACCAUACAACUGCGCGUCAACCCCGAAGUUCUCAUUCUGACUGGAAAGAAAGAGCCACAAACUGGACUCGAGGGCAAGUUCAGCAUCUACCACGCUGCCGCUGUGGGUCUGGUUUACGGAAAAGCGACACCUAGUCAAUUUACCGAUGCUGUUGUCAAAGACCCGACAGUUAUAGGCGUACGCGACAAGGUCAAUGCGACUGAAGAUGAAGGUGUAUCCCGGUCCGAGGCAUAUGUCGCUUUGACCUUCAAGGACGGUACAACGCUACAAAAGCACAUCAAACAUGCCAAGGGCAGCAUUCAGAAUCCGCUUACCGAAGAAGAACUGAAACAAAAGUUCAUCGGGCAGGUGAGCCUGGCGAUUGGACCUGUUCGUGCGUUAGAUGCGUACGCGUCGUUUUCAAACGUGCAGGAAAUGUCUGAUGUUGCGGCCAUCCGCCAUACGUAUUAGCUUUCAAGGACCUAACAUCCAUUUGGAUUGUGGUCAGCGGUGCGACCACCAGGUUACGUGGGCUAUUCGAUUGGGGACUCGGCCACUUGCGAUCUUGGUUCUAUCACAUCACGCCAGUGCUGCUACAAUAGAUGCGCUAUGUUACUACAAAUUCUUACUAAUUGUAUCAAUUUCG